AUGAUGCGCAAGGCCUGUAUCAGAGCUCUUGCGCCUCUCGCAAGUGGGUCUUCUCCCACGUCCGCCGCCAGGGAUGGCGAGCGCGCCACAGUGGCAGCGGCGCGGCGGGUCUCCUGCCGUGAAUACGGAACGCAUAACUCUAGUCAUGAUCAGUGUCGUGGGCGGCGCGGAGGGCGCCCACAAGAGCAGGAGCACGGUUACUCGGCGUCAGCGCUGGGUCGUGCAUCACAAGUCGUCGCUGGCGCGUCUUCGAGCGCAGUGUCGUCAUCCCCGCACGCCUGCGACGCCUUUCAUGUAUUCCUUCGUGCCCGCAAUGCACCCUUCCUCUGCAGCGGCACCACUGCAGCAUCGCCGCCGGCCAGCGACCCCCUGUAUCCUCACCCCUUCUCUCACCUCCACCCGAGCGCGCAUGCUCUCGGUAGCGCCGCGCGAACUGGUGCUCCAGUCGAGGGAGCAAGUCGUGUGAGGGGGGGCGCAGCGCGUAACACAUCCAGCGACGGCACGACAAGGCGAUCAUCGUCGUCGCCGCCGCCGUUAUUCUCGCGACUGUCAGCCGGUGCCACUUCUGCGAGGGCUCUCGAGGAGCCGAGGAACAGACAGCAGACGCCGCUCGAGGAGGAGGCGAGCCGACACGGUGCCAGUGCUCCGCCGGUGCUGGGCGAAUGGUCGUUGGACCCUCCGGAGGCAUCGACGAGGAGGGCUGACGCGCAGGGCGGGCCGCGGAGCCGCGAGCAUCUGCCAGAGCGCGACCGCAAUGAUGUUGGCACGGAUGGAGAGGCGAAUGACAGCAGUGCCCAACGAGGCAGGCUGCCAGAGCUCAGAGAGCGGCGACGUCGCAGUCUUCCGCAGCGACGCCACGAUGCCCUCGAGCUUGCGCGGCGACAAACCUCCGCGUACAUUGCGAAUCGACGCCUGCGCGAGUACGAGCAGACGUGCCUCCAUGCGUACCGCAUCUUGAAGCAGGUGCAACGGAGCCUCACCGCCUGGGCCCGCGCUCGGCGACAAGGACAGCGGCAAAACGCCUCCGGAAGCAACUGCAGCACCCGGAGCGGCAGCCUUGGCGAUGACGCGUCGAGCGUGCAGGCGGCGCAGUCGAUGAAGGGACAAGGUGGUGCCGGUGCAUUCCGCAUCCCGCCCACCGGCGAGGAUGUGGACGCCGUCGACGCACGCUUUUUCGAGUACGCUGGGCAGAUCCAGCGUACACUGCAUCAGCUCACCCCACGCCAUUUUGAUGCCGUUCGCGGCUACCGCCUGCGAGCAGAGCCACGCAGCAGCUCCCCAUCAACUGUGGCCACCCCGCCGUCAGGGCCUCGACGCGCAGAGGACUCGACUUCCUCCGGGCCCGAAUCGUUGGGAGAUGCGCCGCGGCAACUGCUGCUGCUGCGCCUACUGUGGCGCCUGCUCCACAUCCAGCAGCUCUUCUUCAGCAUUGGUCGCCGCGCCUCGCUGCCGCGCACCGCCGUUGACGUGUACGUGCAGUCCUCCAACUGCCAGUACGGCAUCCGCGAGGUGCUGCGCGUGCUCGGGAGCGAGAUGGCGCGGUGGACCCUGUUGGCGAGUACCCCCCACCACCACCACAACUCUUGUAGUCAGCAGUGGCGAGGGCACGACGGUCGUGCACCGUCGUCGUCUGGGUCCUGCGCCCCUCUCUUCUCUAACACGGAACUCUUCCAGCUCUUCUACGCUGCCCUCUGCAUCCCUAGCGAGGAGGCCCCUGGUGUUCCGCUGUACGACCCAUCUAUCCACAGCUCCACCCCUCGACACGGUGGUGUGCCGGGUCGGCACGCAGCAGCCUCCGCCUCCUCUGGCCUCCCGGAUGCUGGACUCGAUGCGUUCCGGCGGGACUGCAUCGCAACAGGUACCGAAGACUUCUGCAUGCCGCUGGACGAGUGGUGUGUGCGUUGGUGGUCACAUCAGUACUCGGCGGCUGGCCGGAUGGGCGCAGCGUGGGCGCCACCGCUGUCGAUGGGGGAGGCCAUGGAUGUACUCCAGGCGUGCAUGUACGCGACGGCGAGCGUGCAGGUGCUGGCGACGGCAGCACCGCGUCACGCCGCACAGCCGCGGCACCGUCCACAGCAGCGACUGAUAACUCCAUUUGUGUACUUCGAGACCCCACCGCAAGGCGCCACCGACGGUGCCCGCCGGCGUCGUGCGAGCUCGGCGUCUGCAACGGCAUCGGAGGGCAACGGCGUCGUCGAGGAGGCGGAGCUGUCGCCGCUGCGCGUGCUAGACCGCCGGUAUCGCCCGCACCUGCCCGGUGCCUUGGGCGGCAAUCGUGUGGCGCUGCGUAUUCCAUAUCACCUCGGCCAGCGCUAUGUGGAGGUGUUCCUGACGUACCUGCUGUCGAGUGUGUCUGCUGGACCAGAGCCUGGAGAGGUGAAGGGGGCGGCGACAGCGGCGACAGAGACGGUGGCGGCUGGUAUUGAACAUCUUCUCCGUUUCCGCGACCGCGAUGCCGUGCGCGACGUGGCGCUGCUGUGCACGGCCAUCCUUUUCUUCGAGGUCUUCUCGCCUACGACGGCUGCCUUCAUGGCGUACGCGGCGCCGCUGUUCAGAGAGCAAGUGGAGCUCCUCAGCGGGCAUGAAAUUAGCUGUGUGCUGCUCGCCUACGCAUCGCUGCAGCGCUGGGAGAGGGCAGGUGGCGCUCGUGGCGGUGGCGCCUCUUCCCCGGCUAGCGGCUCCAGCGCGGAUGCCGAGCUGAGGGCGGCGAGUCGUCGCGGCACCCCGCUUUACGACCCCGCCGUGGCUGUGCAAAGUGCGUCCACCGCUGCUGCCGGCUGCAACGGAUGCAGGGACGCUUGGCACAAGGGUGCACCCAGGGAAGCCGCGGUACCAGAGCGCUCGCCACCACUGCAUGCGGACCAUCAGAGCACCGAUGAUCCCCACAGCAGCGGCCGCCAGAGUGACGCAACGCGAUCACCGUCGUCGUCGUCGCGUGCACAGACGUCAACGGGUCCGCAGUCCCCAUCUCCUGAGCCGUGGCAUCUCUUCUACGUGACCCUCGCCUCCCGCGCCGGCCAGCUCAGCGACACGCUUAGCGAGGAUGACGUGACACGUGUGCUGCGGGCGAUGGAGCUGACCGGGAUGGAGCACGACGACCUGCGCCACGCGCUGGAGUCGUCGCUGCGGAUGCGUAACAUGGGGCGACGUAUCUUUUAUGAAACUUAA